GUGUUGAGCCUUUCGAAGUCUUCGAACGUUGCAAGUCAUUGGUUAGCGACUGUCAAAUUAAACAAAUAUAGUUGAAAAUAUAGCGUGAUGUUUGGCCAGGCAAUUCUCAAUGAUAAUCUCCCCGGAGCAAAGCAGCAUCACUGGAGUCCUUACACAGACAAUGGAGGAACUAUAGUGGCUGUAGCUGGAGAUGACUUUGCCAUCAUCGCCUCCGAUACUCGUUUAAUUCAAGGCUAUUCAAUUCUAUCCCGAGAACAAACAAAGCUAUUCAAGUUGUCAGAGCAAACUGUUCUUGGUGUCUCUGGAUGCUGGUGUGAUGUAUUGACAUUUACCAGAACUCUUGAGGCUCGCAUGAAGAUGUAUCUCCAUGAGCACUUGAAGCCUAUGUCUACACCAGCAGUAGCACAAUUGGUUUCAACUAUGCUGUACCAUAAACGCUUUUUCCCCUACUAUGUUUCCAACAUUGUAGCUGGUCUCGAUCAAGAUGGAAAGGGUACUUUGUACUCAUAUGAUCCUGUUGGGCACUGUGAAAAGAACAGAUACCGGGCUGGUGGAGCUGCUGGUGCAAUGCUCCAACCUCUCCUGGACAAUCAAGUGGGGUUGAAGAAUAUGAAAGGAGGAGUACUCCCAAAUAUUACUAAGGAAAAAGCGCUCAUGGUAAUCAAGGACUCGUUCAUUUCGGCUGCUGAACGUGACACUUCUACUGGUGACGGGGUUAUCAUCAACAUCAUAACCAAAUCGGGAGUUGAAGUUAUGCACUUCCCGUUGCGUAAAGAUUAAGAUGAAGUAUCUUGUACGGAUUUUGAACUUGUUACUUCGGAAAAUCCAAUACAUAAUAAUACUUUUCCA